CUUCUUCCUUUGCGUUCUCCUUCUUCUCCAUAAAAAUUAUGCAUUAGACAUGUUCUCCACAAAUUAAGUAUGAUUGGGCGAAAUCCACUGUUCUACCUCCAAAAUCCAACCAUGCGACUCUCAACCGUAACUAAAUUUCGCCGCCGUCUGUGCUACUACUCUUCUUCACAUUCGCUGUUUAUUAGCUCAGACCGCCACUACCGUGACAAUCGGAGUGAAUCCAGUCCUCGGCGAUCGUCGGAGCUUUACUGGCACUCGUCUCUCACUUGCAGCUCCUUUCCUCGACGAUUCUCUACUCAGCCCGGUGCUUUUGAGCCGGGCGAACAGUUUCUUCCGGUUCAAACUCUUAUCUCCGUGCUCGAUUCUUAUCACCAUGCUACUGGCUUGCCGUGGUGGAUCAUAAUCUGUUCAUCUACUGUGGCUAUGAGACUUGCAUUAUUUCCUUUAAUUGUGUUGCAAAUUAAAAAAUUGAGAAUAAUAGGAGAGCUGCUGCCUCAUUUACCUCCGCCUAUUCCACCGCCUCUGUCAGGACGAAGUUUCAGAGACCAGUUUUCCCUUUUCUGGAAGGAAAAGGAGGCAGCUGAGUGUCCUUCAGUGUUUUGGUUCUUCUCCUCAGUUGCUGUUCAGGUCCCUUGCUUUUUCUUGUGGCUCAUUACUGUUCGCAGAAUGUCACUUGAUCAUCACCCUGGUUUCGAUACUGGGGGAUUGUUAUGGUCAUUGAAUCUGACUGAAUAUCCACAAGGAACACUGGGGGCUGUUUUCCCACUGUGCAUUGCAGGCUUGCAUUUCGCUAAUGUUCAGCUGUCUCUUCGAAAUUCAACUCUUCAACAUGUACCAGGCACCUUAAAGUUAUUAGCAAAGAUAUACAAGGUUUAUUUGCAACUGCUGACACUGCCUAUAUUGAUUACUACUUUCUAUGUUCCCCAGGGGUCCUUAAUAUAUUGGUGUACCAAUAGCACAUUCAGUCUCCUACAGCUAUUAUGCCUCCGCAAUCCUAAUCUCCUUCGGUAUUUGGGGCUUCCUGAAAUGAAUGCUUCAGCAGUAGCUCCAACUGUCAUUCAAAUAGACAGCUCUGUAGCAGCAGAUACUCUAAUACGGACAAAAGAGGGAGAAAUGUCUGCACAAACUCUAUCACCUGAAGACUUGGUUUCCCUUUCAGUUGAAAUCUUAGGCGAUGGCCAAAAACAAGCUGCAAUUGCAUUACUAAGAGUCGCCCUCGACAAGGAUCCUGGGAAUGUAAGAGCUUUGCUAAUUUUGGGACAAACGCUGUUACAAAAAGAACAUUAUGCUGAAGCUGCUGAGUUCCUAGAAAAAGCUAUUUCAAAGCUACUUUUCACUGGGAAUCCUACAGAAGUUGGAGAAGUUGAUCUUUUGAUUCUUUCGUCUCAAUGGGCUGGUAUUGCAAACAUGCUUCAGGGAAAGAUGGAAGAGGGUUUUGUGCACCUCGAAAGAAUAGCUCAGAUGAACGAGCCUCAAGAUUCAAAUAGCAAAGCCCACUACUACGAUGGUUUAAUAAUCCUCUCAACCGCUUUAGCCAAUGUGAACCGCAGAGCUGAGGCAUUGCAUUACUUGCAUAAGGCUGCCGCUUACAACCCUGCAUUCAAUGGGUAUAUUGAACAAUUGGAAGUCGAUGCAAGGGGAUUCGCUAGCCAUCUAUCUGAUAGCAAAAGAUAUCUAUGACAACAUCUCAAGUACAUCUCUCAUCCUUCCUCAUGUACAUAAACGUAAAACAAGGCGAUACAAUGGGCCUUCAAGAACGGAGUUCAGUCUUUAUACAAAACAGAACAGAACAGAACAGAACAGACAUAAUAAGUGGUAGUGAUACUGCUUGUUGUGCCAUCUUUUUCCACACAAUUUGGAUCAUUCAUUGUGAGGAGGAUACAUUUAUGUUUGAUGGUGAAAACCACAUAAAAUCCCGUGGGACGGACACAUGUGAAGAUGCUAUUCGACACAGAGCAGUGGAGGAUGAGAUUAAAGCUCUAUUCCAGUACGCUGCUGUAAGUAGGUAUGAACAUGUUUCAUGCUUGAAUAUUUAAUCAAUGCGAGGUGCAGAUUGUGAAUGGCUGAAAAUUGUGGAAGCUUUCUGUGGUUGCAAAUCCAAUGCUUCCACGACUCUGAGUUUCUUCAUACAGCCAAACGACUAUCUAAAGACUUCAACCAUUCUCCUUUCGUCUUCGAUAUAUCUCUAUCAAUUAUUCCCUUUUCUUUUCUUGCUCAAUUAUUAGGGGCAUAGAUGAAUUGAGUUGCUUCUAAACAUUUUACUAAUGUCUAUAUACUCUUCUUGUCCACAAUAGUUCUACUAUUUUUUUCA